AUGAAGGUGCAGUGUGACCAACCAGUGUCAGUCAAUGUCAAUGUACCUGCAAAGGCUCAGCAGCCCCCCACAAAACAUGCAAGGUCCAAGGCACCCUCAAGGAAAACCAGAGUGACUUCUUGUGCUUGUCCUGCAGCUCCAAUCUUGGAGUCUGAAGAGGAAGCUCUCAAUGUGUCUGUCACCAGCAAUGAAGCCAGUGACAUUAAGGCUGAUGUUACCAGUGUUGAAGCCAGUGGUAUUAAGGUCGAUGUCACCAGUGACAUUAAGGCUGAUCCCCCAGUGGCUUCAGAAGAUGACUUCCCUCCUGACCAUUGGAUAGAGCCUACCUCAGACAACAUGCCCUUGUGCAUUCCCUCCCCAACUCCUGUCACCAAUCACAUUUCCCUUCCUUCAGCAUCUGUCAAUGCCAUGGACCUGGGCAAUGAGAUUGUUCUUGCCAGGGUGGAUGCAAUGGAGAAGGACUUUGAGAUGUACAUUUCCUCAAUGCAUGUGGAGGUUUCUGGGGUGCAGCACCAGCUGGCUAUCACUGUGUUAUCCAUUGAUGGCCUUGUCAAUAUGGUCAAGAAGCUUCAGCAGGCACAUGCUGCCACCAAUCCAUUGUUUCCUGCACCACUGAUCAGUAACCUUGGUGCUACCAUGGCCACCACACAGGUCCAAGCAAUGGGCAUGCAGUAUCUCAAUGGUAUUUAUGGUCCUUCAGGCAACACAUUUACAUCUGGCCAAGCUACCUCAAUCUCAGCACUUGCUGGUCCUUCAUCCACUCCUGCUGGAGUUGGACCCCAUUUUGAUAUGUUGUCGCCCACUUCUGCUACAUGCUCUGUCUGA